GGUUGAUAAGAUUCCCAGAAAAAUAUUUAAGAAGGAUAAUUCAACAAACUCCACAAGUCCAUCUCUAUCAUAUCUCCAAUCAUGACGACCGAAUUGAGUUAUAAGCUUUACUUCGCUCUUAUUGCUGUGGUUUUUUGUAUUGUCCAUAUUAAGCCCGUUCAACCAUUAGAAAUAAAGGCUCUGGAUCAGUUACGAGGGAGUUCAAGAUUAGCAGGACCACUUGAGCCCAUCAUUCAAACCUUCAUGGAGAAAGUAGGAUUGGGAAUGAAUGCAGAACAAAUGAGCUCUGAAGGUCCAUACAAAGGACCGGAGAAAGUAAAACCUUCUGAUUCUCCGUCAACUAUGCAACCGGAGAAAAAAGAAGGGCAGAAUGGUAUGACAACGGAACCAAUGAACAUAAAACCUUCUGAUGUGCCUGCUACUGAUAAAACGAUGUCUGAUGAUACCUGUUGAAUAAGAUUUUAUUGAAUAUAAUAUUAAUCCGAAAUUUCAUUCUAUUUUGAUGAAAAUGUAAUAAAGAGAAGAAUUAAUAAAUCAAUAACACCUGAAA